AUGUCUGAAAACACAACUACCUCACUUAUUGUCAUAUUGAAACGUGACAGCAAAGAUAUCGAAAAGAACGGCAAGAUCAUCAACUUUGGUUCGGGUGCUAGUUUGAAUACCGUGUGCGAACUUGCCAUGGAGAAGCUUGGUAUUGCUCGCAACAUUCCCUCAUCCGAUAUUAUGCUUUUGGAUAAGUCGGGUCAAGCCAUCAGCACCAUUGAUCGCGCACGACAGCAACAAGUUGUAUACGUUGACAUGAAGACACAAAUCAAAGACGUCGUCCCAGGCCCUUUCAAGUACCCCUUUGUUGGAUCUGUUGGAUCACUGCUCCCACACAUAGCGUUUGGAUGGAUGAAUUUGUUUGAGAAAUAUGGCCCACUCGUCAACAUGUCCUUGUUUGGUGUCGAAUCCUAUGCUACCAACGACCCCGCUAUAGCUGAGAUCUUUGUCAAGGAGUCCGAGUUCUUUACCAAAAAGAUUGCCAGUGACUUGGCUGAAGUCAGAGAAUUUGCUGGAGACGGCCUGUUUACCAGCAAUACGGAUGAAGAGAAUUGGGAACUUGCUCACAAGCUUCUCAUGCCUGCAUUUAGUCCACGUGCCAUCAAGGCAUAUCUAAAUGAAAUGGGACACAUUGCCAUGGAAACGAUCAAGACCCUCGAACAAUUCGAUCCUACUGAAAAAGUUGAAAUUCUUGAUUGGACCACUCGUUUGACCUUUGAAACCAUUGGACGGUGCGGCUUUGGUUACAACUUUGGAUUGCUUACUUCAAGGGAUGCACCUGCCCAUCCUUUUAUUGAUGCUAUGGGAUACUGCCUCAAGACCGCUGUGAUUCGAACCAUCAAUUUGUCCAUGUUCAACAAGCUCUCAUUCGAGCGUAAUCGUCGAUUUGAUUACUACGUCAAGCUCAUGAAUGAUACGGUGUCUCAAGUUAUCGAAGAGCGUAAAAAUAGCCCUGAUGCUGGUGACAUGAACAAGGACCUUAUGGGAUUCAUGCUGAAUGCACGUGACGAGCACAACCUUGGCCUGUCGGAUCAAAACAUUGUAUACCAAGUCAUCACCUUCCUCAUAGCAGGACAUGAUACUACAGCCAAUACACUUUCAUGGGCCUUUUACGAGUUGUCUCGUAAUCCUGAAGUCGAGGCUAAAUUGUUGCAAGAAAUCGCUGACGUUGGUAUCACGCAUGACCAAAUACCUACCGUUGAACAAAUCAGCCAGCUCAAGUACUUGCACAAGGUGAUCAAGGAAACCACACGCAAGUAUCCACCCGUUCAAAACCUAGCAAAGUAUUGUAAGAAGGAUUGCAUUGUUCCUGGAGGCUAUCUUGUCAAGGCCAAUUGUCCUGCUGAAGUGAAUGUGUACGCCAUGCAUCAUAAUCCAAAGGUCUAUCCUGAUCCCGAGCGCUUUGAUCCCGAGAGAUUUUCUCCUGAAGAAGAGCAAAAACGUUCUCAAUACUCAUGGCUUCCUUUCAGCACCGGUCCACGUGGAUGUCUUGGUAUGGCAUUUGCUAUUCAAGAACUCAAGGUAGUCAUGUCAAUGCUUUUACACCGAUUCAAGUUCUUUUAUGAUGGCCCUGAUGUUACUUUUGAUCCAUUGCAAGCUACCACCAAACCAGUGGAUUUCUUUGUAAACAUUCGACCUCGUACGGAUAUGCCUGCACCCAGGUCGCCAUCCACUGCUGCUGCUGCUGAUAAUGAGAAGAGCACUUUCAAGUCGUCAAGUGAUACCACCACCAAGAAGGCGAUCAUUCCGGAAUCCAAGGCGGUUGCUGAGCAAAUGGCAUCACGUUCAGCUGCUGAUUUACCUCCCAUCACCUUUUUAUUUGGUACACAGACCGGCACUGCACAAGAUUAUGCAUCUCAGCUUGCAACCCAAGCACGUUCUUUUGGUUUCAAGGAUGUCAAACUUCAACCCAUGGAUCAAUGGCGUGUGCUUGAUGCUGGCAAAUAUGAACCCCCGCAAGGAUCAUCCGGUGCACAAGAAUUGGUGGUGAUCUGUACAGCAACGUAUAAUGGCCAACCACCCGAUUCAGCUGAACGCUUUGACAAGUUCCUCAAUGAGAAAACCAGGGAUCUGGAAAGCAAUGGCGAUCUGUUAAAGUCACUCCGAUUCGCCGUAUUUGGUGUCGGCAACAAGAAUUGGCGCACGUACCAGGUCUUCCCUCAAAAAGUCAAUGACACCCUUGAACGUCUUGGUGCAGAACGCUUCUUCGAUUGUGGACAGGGCAAUGCUGACAAGGACAUGGACGCAGACUUUAACGAAUGGUCUGCUCACUUUUGGAUCAGUGCAUUGACGCAAUUUGGUCUUUCUCUUCCUCAGAGCCAAUGGGUGGUUCCUUCAGCAAAUACGGGCGACCAACAUGUCAAGGUGAACUUCAUUAGCCCAUCCGACAAGGAGAAAUGGGAAGCUGGUGUAGCCAAUCGCAACGGCGAGUACAAUGUCACUAUCCUUCGCAACGAGGAGCUACAGCAACCAGCAUCCGAUCGCAGCACACGCCAUAUUGAGCUUGACAUAUCCUCAUUGGAGCCGCUUUAUAAGGAUGGGCCCGUCUUUUUGGCAGGUGAUCAUUUGGAAGUGUAUCCUGAAAAUGAUGCCGAGAUUGUGGAGGCCAUUGGCGUCAACUUUGGAUGGGUGCUUGAUUCCGUAUUUGAAGUGGAUCCAGCAAGUCUUGAUAAUGUAUCGCCUCGUUCACUUGCAGCAUCCAUUCGUGGUCCAUGUACGAUCCGCAAUGCGCUCACUUAUUAUGCCGAUCUCUCAUCACCACCUUCACGUACCAUGUUAUCCAUCUUUGCUGAGCAAUUGCGUGCUACUUCGGAGGAGACAGCUGACGUAUUCAGCAAGUUGAUCAUGCCUGAUAGUCCUGAAUAUGCUUCCUUCAUUGAAAAAUAUCGCACGAUUCUCGAUUUACAAAAAGGAUUUCCUCAAGUGAAGCGACUCGAUUUGGCACAAUUCAUGACAGCUGUGGGUGUGAUGCAACCACGUCGAUACUCGAUUGCUUCCUCUCCUUUGGCUGAUUCAAAACAAGCUGCAUUGACUGUGGGUGUGGUUCAUGAUAUGCUCAAGGAUGGUCGUGAAUACUAUGGUCUCGCAUCUUCCUAUUUAUCUCGUAGCACUGAAUCCACCCAACUACGUGCUAUGCUCAAAUCAUCCAAGAGCAGCUUUGCAUUGCCAUCCGAUCCCAAGGUGCCCAUUAUCAUGAUCGCUGCUGGUACAGGUGUAUCCCCCUUCCGAGGAUUCUUGGAGGAACGUGCAUGCCAACGUAGCCAAGGUGAACAAGUUGGCGAAUGCGUGCUUUUCUUUGGUUGUCGUCGCAAGGAUCAUGACUUUAUCUAUGCCCAGGAAAUGCAACAACAUGUCGAGAAGGGUGUCUUGAAGGAUUUACAUGUGGCCUUUUCACGUCAAGGUGAACCUGUCAAGUAUGUCCAACAUCAACUAUUGAAUCAAGCUGUCAAGGUGUGGGACUUGCUUCAGAACGCGAAUGCUACUGUUUAUGUGUGUGGUGCUGGCGAAAUGAGCCGUGAUGUACGACGCACGUUUUGUUCGAUGGCCAAGAGCUUUGGUCAAGCAAGUACUAGUGAAGAAGCUGAAAACUAUAUCAAGGAUUUGAUAGAAAAGGGACGUUACAAUGAAGAUGUUUGGGGUUAA